UUCCCCUCCGGUCCGCUAGAUGCCACAACCUUUUAGCGAAACUGAAAAGGUAUGGUGGGGGACUACCGGCGUUCGGCUUAGCCCGCCCAACCAACCUCAUAUCGCUUCGUUGUGCGCGAGAAGCAACACCUUUGGCGAGACUGUGCGCGUUUUCCUUAAGGAAAAAUGUCGAAAAGAAGGGCUGACAUCGAGGAAUUACGUGCGAAAAUUCGGAAAGUGCAACAGGAUAUAGCAGGAAUAGUACCGUUGCUUGAAAGUGAAUUGUCGGAAAGUGACUCCGGAGAAUCGACGUCUUCGUCAAUGCGAGCCUUCCGAGCACUAACCAAGGAUGAGGGGAAUAAAGAGAAUAUUGAAAAUUGUCAGUCAAGUCCAGGAAAGACACCGGUCGAUCCGGAGAUCCUCGACAUUCUCGGGUUAGAGGUCGACAAGGACAAAGGCGAGACAACGUGUAUCGAUGAGGAUCUCGUAAACAUGUGGCAGAAGCUGAUCAACAAAGGCCUGACAAAAGAGGAGAAGGAGGAGUUGCUGAAGGAUUAUAAGAGGAUCCCGGCACUGGAAGCUAAGAAGGUGAACCCGGAGAUAUUGGCCUCGCUUGCACCAAAGAUUGCAAAGAAAGAUUCGUAUUUAACUGAGAUCCAGAAUCUCGCCGGAGCCUCUCUCAUGGCAACUGGCAUGGUUCUCACGCUGUUAAUGCGUGUGGAGGAAUGCGACAAGCUCGAACUUGUAAAAAAGAUCAGCGACAUAGCGAAAAUUAAUAUCGCUGUACAUCAUUCCAUCUCCGUGACCAGGAAGGCAAAUAUUUUCAUCCCAGAUCUUGCACCACAGGUGGCAGGAAUUAUUAAGAAAGCGGAGAUGGACGAGACGCUUUACGGCAAUGAUCUUGGAGAGCGUAUCAAGGAGUCAAAAGCUCUAACACGUUUGAGUCAGGACAUCAAACAGAAAACGACACCAAACCCGGAAAAGAAGACUUUUUUAUUCAGAGGCCCAUCGCAGAGGAAGCCCCUCUCUGCCUCCAUGGGCAACCACCAAAGCAGGGCACAAUCGAGAUCAUUCCCGUUCUACAAGAGCAAGCAACAACACUUCAACAGACGAAGCCACAGGAACAGCGAAUCAUCACGCCGAGAGAAAUAGGUGUAAGUAGAGAAACUAUAGCAGGCAGGCUUAGAUUGUUUGAAUCCGAAUGGAAAAAGAUUACAAACAAUAUGCUCGUGCUUAGUGUAAUCAAGGGUUACAAGAUUCAAUUUCAAGAGAGGCCCUCUGAAAGAGGCCAUCCGACCGCCAGUAUCCCCAUCGGGGAAGUGAGUCGCUACCAAUUAGCUAUAGAUAGAUUGCUCAGGAAAGGAGCGAUUGAAGUCUGUGAUUAUGAUAAGAAUCAGUUCCUAUCAUCAUACUUUUUGGUUCCUAAAAAGGACGGAACUGACAGGUUUAUUUUGAAUCUAAAGGAAUUAAAUUGUUUCGUUAAGCCAGAACAUUUCAAGUUAGAGGACUUGCGAACGGUUACAGGUCUAAUUUCGCCCGACUGUUACAUGGCAUCAAUCGACCUGGAAGACGCCUAUUAUAUGAUCUCGGUACACGAGUCCAGCAGGAAAUAUUUGCGUUUCUCCUUUCAAGGGUCUAUUUUUCAGUUUACAUGCCUACCCUUCGGCUUGUGUACAGCCCCGUUUAUCUUCACGAAGAUUCUCAAGGCCCCAGUGAAGGUUCUAAGAACCAAAAGGGUAUCCUUGGUUGUUUAUCUGGACGAUUUCAUUAUCAUUGAUAAGAGCAGACUCAGAUGUGCUCAAAAGGUAUCGCUUUCCUGCGAGUUUCUAGUAUCGCUUGGGUUCAAAUUGAACAUAAACAAAUGUUCCUUAAUUCCCUCAACGAUAUGCAGAUUCCUGGGGUUUAACAUCAACUCUCGAGACUUCACAGUAGAAUUGCCAAAAGAAAAGAGAGAGCAAUUGUUCGCUCACGUUCGGUCUUUCCGGAAGAAGUCGUCAUGUACGAUACUGGAGUUAUCUCAGUUGAUAGGGAAAUUGAUAAGUGUUUGCCCGGCUGUUGAUUAUGGUUGGUUAUACACGAAGGCGUGUGAAUCCUUUAAGACAGUCAGUUUAAUGAGAAAUCACUUUAACUACGCAGCAAGAAUAGCCAUCCCAGAUAGGUUACGGACUGAUUUAGAAUGGUGGGAGAGAAAUAUUGGUAGAGCAAUGGGCCAGAUAAAAUCAAUUAAUUUCGAUGUUGUAAUCUAUACGGAUGCCUCUAACUCAGGAUGGGGAGCUACUGAUAAUCAGAGAAGAAUUUCAGGUUUCUGGAACGAACAGGAAAAGAGAAUGCAUAUCAAUCUCAAGGAGUUACUGGCGGUAAAGAUUGCGCUGGAAAGGCUUGCGGAUGAACUAAGAGGUUGUCAGAUUUUACUUAGGGUCGAUAACACGACGGCCAUCUCGUACAUCAAUAAGAUGGGUGGUGUGCGCUUCACUAAAUAUAAUAAUCUGGCCCAAGAAAUAUGGAAAUGGGCGGAAAGGAGGCGUAUUUUUAUAUUCGCUUCAUACAUUGCGUCGAAGGACAAUGUCGAGGCGGACGCGCUGUCCCGUGUGAAGAAUAUCGACACGGAAUGGGAAUUGUGUAGCAAGGCUUUCGGCCGAAUCCAGGAAAAAUUUGGUUCCCCCGAUGUUGAUCUCUUUGCCAAUAACAACAACGCCAAGUGCGAUAAUUAUAUUUCUCGGUUCCCAGACGCAAAAGCUCUUUCGAUAGACGCCUUUACGUCAAAUUGGUCAGGAAUUUAUUUUUACGCUUUCCCACCGUUUGCAAUGAUUCUAAAGUCAUUGUCGAAGAUACGAGAGGAGAGAGCGUCAGGCAUUAUUGUAGUCCCAGACUGGCCAAGCCAGCCAUGGUACCCGCUCUUUGUCUCGUUAACUCGGGAGAAACUGAUAUUCAAACCAAGAACUGAUCUGUUACUAUCGCCCUGUAGAUCACUCAGCCAUCCAAGGGCGAGAAGCCUGAGCCUGAUCGCGGCCAAGGUAUCCGGGAAGCCUUUUUAGAGCAAGGAGUACCAGCGGAGGCACUGAGCAUCAUGAGAGCUUCACUAUCCCGGGCGACUGCAGACCAAUAUUCCUCCGCCUUGAAUCCGUGGUUCAAAUACUGUGUAGACAAGGGGUUUGAUUGCUUUAAUCCUACUAGAGCGGCUAUAUUAGGUUACUUGACGACCAAAUACGAAGAAGGUGCGAGUUACGGUACGUUAAAUUCUGCAAGGUCGGCAAUAUCACUCGUUUCGCGGAAUAAAGUGGGAGAGGAUGUUACGGUACGGAGAUUCCUGAGAGGAGUUGCAAAACUCCGACCACCCAAGCCCAAAUAUACAUUUACGUGGGAUGUGUCAAUUGUACUAAAGUACCUGGAGCAAUUAGGCUCACCGGAGGAUAUUUCGCUAGUAGACUUAACGUACAAGACUGUGAUGUUAUUGUUAUUGAGCACAGGCCAUAGGGCACAAACUAUUGCUAAUAUAAGACUGGAGAAUGUAAAGAUAACGCCCGAGGGCUUAUUAAUCCACAUAACCGAUCUCAUUAAGACGUCAGCGCCGGGUCGUUGUCAACCGUUGUUGGAAAUCCCCUUUUAUAGUCAAAAUCCAAAUAUUUGCGUAGCAUCUAAUGUUAUAAGAUAUAUCGAGGCCACGAAGGAACUGCGUAAGGAGUCAAAAAAUCUGUUGAUCGCACUAAGAAAACCACAUAGGGACGUUAGCGCCCAGACGAUAAGCAGAUGGACAAAGAUAAUUUUAGAAAGAAGUGGCAUAGAUAUGUCGGUGUUCUCAGCACACUCUACACGACACGCGACCACUUCGGCGGCCUUGUCGCGAGGCGUGGAUUUAGAUACCAUAAGAAGAACUGCGGGCUGGUCCGAAGGGUCAAAGACCUUCGCAAUCUUUUAUAAUAGACCGAUUUUAUCGGCAGAAUCUCAAAAGUUCGCGUUAUCAAUACUUGAUGUAAAACAUCUUAGAAAAUAAGUAGACUACUCAGGGGCUGUGUCAAGGAAGUUUAGUCUAAUAAAGAAAGUAGUCGUUA